AUGAGUUUGACAAAUAUAUGGAGCACAGGAAGCUCAGUCUACUCGACUCCUGUAUUUUCCCAGAAAAUGACGGCGUGGAUUCUGCUCCUGCUAUCUCUCUUCCCGGGCCUCACUAGACAAAAAUCUGAUGAUGACUAUGAAGAUUAUGCUUCUAACAAAACAUGGGUCUUGACUCCAAAAGUUCCGGAGGGUGAUGUCACAGUCAUCUUAAACAACCUCCUGGAAGGAUACGAUAAUAAACUUCGACCUGAUAUAGGAGUGAAACCAACAUUAAUUCACACAGACAUGUAUGUGAAUAGCAUUGGUCCAGUGAACGCUAUCAAUAUGGAAUAUACAAUUGAUAUAUUUUUUGCCCAAACAUGGUAUGACAGACGUCUGAAAUUUAACAGCACCAUUAAAGUCCUCCGACUGAAUAGCAACAUGGUGGGGAAAAUCUGGAUUCCAGACACUUUCUUCAGAAAUUCCAAAAAGGCAGAUGCACACUGGAUAACCACCCCUAAUAGGAUGCUGAGAAUUUGGAAUGAUGGUCGAGUGCUCUACACUUUAAGACUGACAAUUGAUGCUGAGUGCCAGUUACAGUUGCACAAUUUUCCAAUGGAUGAACAUUCCUGCCCCCUGGAAUUCUCCAGUUAUGGCUAUCCACGUGAAGAAAUUGUCUAUCAGUGGAAGCGUAGUUCUGUUGAAGUGGGUGACACAAGGUCUUGGAGACUUUAUCAGUUUUCAUUUGUUGGACUGAGAAACACCACUGAAGUAGUGAAGACAACCUCUGGGGAUUAUGUGGUCAUGACUGUCUAUUUUGACCUGAGCAGAAGAAUGGGCUACUUCACCAUCCAGACCUACAUCCCCUGCACACUCAUUGUUGUCCUAUCCUGGGUAUCUUUCUGGAUCAAUAAGGAUGCCGUUCCAGCCAGAACUUCUUUAGGAAUCACCACCGUCCUCACAAUGACCACCCUCAGCACCAUUGCCCGGAAGUCUCUCCCCAAGGUCUCCUACGUCACAGCGAUGGACCUCUUCGUGUCUGUCUGCUUCAUCUUUGUCUUCUCUGCUUUGGUGGAGUAUGGCACUCUGCAUUAUUUCGUCAGCAACCGGAAACCAAGCAAGGACAAAGACAAAAAGAAGAAAAACCCUGCCCCUACCAUUGACAUCCGCCCACGGUCAGCAACCAUUCAAAUGAACAAUGCCACACACCUUCAAGAGAGAGAUGAAGAAUACGGGUAUGAGUGUCUGGAUGGCAAGGACUGUGCCAGUUUUUUCUGCUGUUUUGAAGAUUGCCGAACAGGAGCUUGGAGACACGGGAGGAUACAUAUCCGUAUUGCCAAGAUGGACUCCUAUGCGCGGAUCUUCUUCCCCACUGCCUUCUGCUUGUUCAAUCUGGUUUAUUGGGUCUCCUACCUUUACCUGUGA